AUGGGUUACUUCGACCUCUGCGACGAAGAGAGGCACUUCCAGCUCGUCGUUGUGAGACGCGCACGCUCGUGCCAACCCCUCCGCGACGCCAUAUUCGCCGUCGCGGCGCGCCAUUUAUGUCGACAUCCCAAAUUCCGAUCAGAGCCAGGGGGUGGCGGUGUCGUCGUCUACCAGCGCCAGCUUCUCCCUGACCUCACGCCGCAGAGUGCCUUCGAGUAUAUGCUCCGCUGCAUACCCGCACUGCACGAGGUCUCAAGCACGCAGGACGAGGAAUACCGCGAGAAUCUGGCUGCCGCAGCGCUCAUUCUUCGCCAGUUUGAGGAGAUGGAUCCCGAAGAAUCCCAAAGCGCGCCGAGUUCAGAUUUUGGGACCGCGAACGGGGACGGGAAUGGGACAAGUUAUGGCAAUGCGAAUAGCAAUGUCAACUUUAUCGAUAUCACAAAGGCAAUUUUGAGGGCCGCUCCGUCAUCGCGAUGGUCUGGACUUUUGAGCGCCGUGUACUGGGUGGCGGUGAGGCAGGAGAUUUACUUUGCGCUCACGCUGGGGCGAUCGCCCCAGAUCACGGCAAGGCCGGACCAGGGCCGUGAAGUGUCGUUUGCUAAUCGGUUGAUAUGGUUUAUGUCGGAGGUGGCCAAGUGGAAGAUGGGAGACAGGAUCGAAGGGGAGUGGGAGAGACUGAGGGUUGAAGAGAGCAUCCUUGCAGUCGAAUGUACGCGGCAGUUUAUACCCAUAAUGCAGAGGCCAGCGGAUAGGUCUCAAGGCGAAAUAUUCCCCUUGGUCUGGUACGGUUCCGAUGUGGAAGUUACUGCGCUACAGCAUUUUAUCUUGGCAAGGAUGAUUCUCCUAGCCGAAGAUCCUAGUCUACAGUAUGCAGACGCUUCCCUGCCUCUCAAAAUAGAUAGCUACUUUACACUACGCUUCUAUGAACCCUUCAUGCUAUUUGAGGAUUAUGCUGACAACUUUGGGCUUCCAGUGGACAAGUCUCCAACCGGCGAGCACAUCGAGAGGCCGAACAUCAAGUCCGAGAAAUGA